AUGGCAAAUAGGAUGCAAGAUGAUGAUAUUGCGGCGGCUUUACCCGAAGGAAAUGUGUCAGAAGACGAUGAAAACUAUCCCUCCGACAGUGAUCAUAAUCCCGAUCACAUCAGCGAGGCGUCUGAAUCUGAUAGUGAUACGGGCAUAGAAGACCCUGAACCUGUAGAAGAAACGCCUCUAACGCUACCAUUUUAUACAGGCGAAGAUGGCAAAACCAAGUGGUACUUUAGUACCACUUGGUUUUGCCAAGUGUGCCAAGUGUGCCACCUGAGAACAUAA